AUGUUUGCCUUUUCCUCUCUACGAAGUCAACCUGUCCGUAUCCUGGAACCGUCGAACAAAGUGUUUUUAUCCGGUUUUAUUCCCGAGAAUCCUCACAGUCAUGGGGAAAUGGAUUUUGUGAAAGGUCCGGAUCAGUCAGUAAAAUGGAUGGACGACCAUUCGCAUUCUCACAUGGGUGAAACAAGUGAAAUUGCUGAACAGCUGGCAAAGAAAGUGAAAGUAUUAUGCUGGGUGAUGACCAGCCCUUCAAAUCUUGAGAAAAAAGCCAAACAUGUGAAAGCAACAUGGGGCAAACGAUGUAACAUCUUGUUGUUUAUGAGCUCGGAAGCUGAUCCCAGUUAUCCUGCAAUCAAACUUCCUGUGUCCGAAGGCAGAGAAAAUUUAUGGGCCAAAACCAAAGAGGCUUUUAAAUUUGUUUAUGAAAAUUAUGUCGAUAAGGCCGACUGGUUUUUGAAAGCAGAUGAUGACUCAUAUGUGAUCGUCGAAAAUUUACGCCAUUUUCUGAAAGAUAAAGAUACCAAUAAGGGACUAUAUUACGGUCGUAGGUUUAAGCCUUAUGUUGCCCAAGGAUACAUGAGUGGUGGUGCUGGGUAUGUGUUAAGUAAACAAGCUUUGAGAAGUUUUGUAGCAGACGGUCUACCAGAUCCAAGGAAGUGUCGAAGUGACAAUGGUGGAGCAGAAGAUUUAGAGAUGGGAAAAUGUUUAGGGAAUGUUGGAGUGAUUGCAGGUGAUUCCCGGGAUGAACUAGGGCGGGAAAGAUUCAACCCCUUUAUCCCAGAACAUCACCUCAUUCCGGGUAUUUUACCCAAAACCAUGUGGUACUGGCACUAUAAUUUUUAUGAAGCCAAAAAUGGCCCAGAUUGCUGUAGUGAUUAUGCCAUCACGUUUCAUUACGUACCCCCAAACAUGAUGUACGUCAUGGAAUACCUUAUAUACCAUCUUAAACCAUUCGGUGCUCGCGUUCAACAGAUAUGUUCAAAGGACGAACCAAAGGAUCCCAAAGUGCCAGCCUUACAUUCCACCAAUCAAAGUGAUAAAAAUCAAUCGAAAAUCGUAUCAAAAUUUAUGCAAAAACCUAAUCAAAAGUAUUUAGACACUAAUGAAAUAGAGCCAAAGAAUGGGUGACUUCGAGGGUAUUGUAAAAUUUUUCAAAAUAUUUUUUUAAAUAUUAAUUUUGUUAUGAUUAAAUAUUUAUUCAGUU